AAUUUUCUGCCAUAACCAAAUACCUACGUUUAUUGAGAAAAAUGGCUUAGCUAUCUCAUUAUUCGUGCCCUCUCCUAGAGGCGAUUGCAGCAAUGGUGCUUCGGCCUCCAAUAUUGCAGAGACGCUUCCUCAGCAGCAAUGUUCUCAAGAACAACCACCACCACCACCACAACCAAUGGACUAUCAAUCAAGUAACCAAAUCCAAUUUCACAGAGUCACUCGAACAGAUCAAGAACCACAUCACUCACUCCGACUUUGUGGCCGUGUCUAUGCAAAAGACCGGCUCCUACUCCGCCGCUUGGCAACGACUACUGCCCUUCGACACCGCCGACACCGCCUACUUCAAGGCCAAGUACGCUGCCGAGAGGUUCCAGGUCCUUCAGUUCGCCGUUUGCCCCUUUUCCGUUAGGGCUGCAAAAGUCAUAGCCCAUCCAUACAACUUUCAUUUGUUCCCUAGGGAUGAGUUUAAAAUAGGGAUGCCUUCUUACAGUUUUUCAUGUCAAUCGUCUUAUUUGACCACAAUGGCUCAGGAAGGUUUUGAUUUCAAUGUCUGCAUAUACAGUGGCAUAUCAUACUUAUCCAGAGCACAGGAAUCAGCUGCAAAAGAUCGAAUAGGGAAUCCAGUGCCUAGUAAUUAUGUGGUGCAGCUGCCUUCUACACUUUCGGUUGCUGAUACAAUAUUUGUAGAAAGAAUUAAAUCACGAGUUAAGCAUUGGAGAAAUGCAUGUAAAGACUCAAACACAAGGAGUGAGGAGGCUUUAAUCAGAUCCUUAAGGAAACUCAUUGUAGGAGGUGAAGAGUAUGGGUCCAGGCCAUGCUUGAAUUUAGAUGUUUGCAGUGAGCGUCAAGUGCAACUUGCACUAGAGAUGUUGAAAGAGUUCUCUGAUGAUCUUGUACCUUUGUUAAUCCCAACCAAGGGAGGGGGAACCCAGGCAGUUCGCAUUGUUUUGACAAGCUCAAAAGAAGAUAGGAUUCUUUUUGAGAGGGAGCUUCAACAUAUGGAAGAGGAACAAAACAAGCGUGUUCGCGGCUUCCGAGAGGUGAUCGAUUCAAUUUCCGCUUCUCAGAAGCCUGUUGUUGCCCACAACUCACUUAAUGAUUUUACAUUCAUUCAUUCAAAAUUCCUCACUCCACUACCUCCAACUAUGGAUGAGUUCAGUAGCUCCUUGCGUUUGGUUUUCCCCCACAUACUCGAUGUCAACCAUCUUAUGAAGGAAAUUGGCCCUCUGAAAAGGCUGACCAAUUUGCGUGCAGCUAUUUCCUGUUUAAAAGAACGAUUUUUUGCGCCUAUUGAUUUGGAGAUUCCUCAUCAAGGUGAGACAAAUGAAGGCAAUAGACAUGGCCAUAAUGUUCUCAGGAUAAGCCAAUUGUUUGCUAAACUUUGCUCGAUACUAAAAAUCACUCCUGAAGCUCAUGAAGAUGAUAAAGGCCAUUUGACUUCAGCCCUUGAAUGCUAUGCAAACAUCUUCAAUCCUUGCUCAACCAGUUCUGAAGAUCCUAUUAAUGGGGAUGUCAUGGUUUGGACUGACAACACGAGAAAAGUUAGAUGUAAGGAUUUGGUUUUCUUGUGGGGAUUUAGGGGUGGGAUAUCUGCCAGAAUGCUCGAGAACCAGCUCCGUGGUUCCCAUGAAGUGUUCUCUGAAGAAUUUGAUGUCCGAUUAGUGGAUAAGAGUUGUGCCAUUGUUGUCUUCUGGGAUCCUGGUUUCGCUGAAAGUUUCCUCGAGGCAAUGAAAUCUGGAGGGAUUUUCUGUGAACCUUUAAGAGAGUUGAUAUCAGAAGGUCUAAGAGCUGCAUGUUAUGAGGCUUACAACAGAGUUUGUAGGUUGGGUCUGUGGGAAAAAAAUUUAGCUGAUGCCUUGGACAAAGCCUUGGCAGACACUGACAGCCUUUCAGAAGCUCAUUCCAAGGAGGAGCAAUCAGUCAUCUCCUGGAACAGUGACUUGAUGAUUAAUCUGGAUGAUCUGUGACGUACGAUGUUCUAAUUUUAAUUUACAGCAAGGGCUACGAUGCCUGAAUCCAGGUCCGGAGUAGCAGAUUCUGUUGUAUUUUUUGAUCCUGACAUAAAUUUGAGGUUCGAUGGUGCCACCCGAUAUUAAGGGCGAGGCUGCAGUAAUAGCCUCUUAGAAAGGUUGAGAGUUCAUGAAAGGAUUGGUUGUUGAAUUGCAUUUUUGGCUAGAGCAGUGAUGGUGCCUCGCUGCUAUUCCAUCUAAAUUUCACUUGUACUUUCCUGUAAAACAAUCAGAUAUUGUUUUUUUGUAACUAUUCUUUUAUCUGGAAAAUCAGAUUUCUUUUGCUUUGA